UUUCCUUUCGUUAAUUGGCUUAAUCAGGGGACAUACUGUAUGUUUCACUCUGUGGGAUCAAGGCUUCGAGGAGGCUUAGCUCAUUUCGCUUGGAUCUGCGGAGCCUCGUAUGGCGCUGUGCUCGGUAAGCCUCUUAGGAAUCAGGACGGCAGCAGAUGUAGAACCAGGAGCUCCUGCUGAGAGGAGAAACCCGACGGCUGUGCCUCAAAUCCCUGCCACGUUGUGCACGAAACACAGCUAAAUAUCGAUACUGGCUUUGUUCAUGCAGUUUAAAAACCUUUACAGAAGCAGGAAAUUGAGCUGUCAGGAAGAUGGAGCACGUGGUGGGUGUCCAUCGACUCUGAACAACAACCAAAACAAAUCCAUCCUGAUAUCUGAGAGCCAUGCUUCCGCAGGAUAUCGGGAAGCAGAAGCCUCGCUGUGUGUCGGAACCGAUUUGUAGGCUAGAUGUUCCUCCGGUGCCGAUUCGUCGCUUUAAAAACCGGGAGUUCCCUCUGAGCGCGAGGCGCCGCCGCUCCGGUUCCGCACCUGAGCGCAAGGUGAACUGCGUCCUGGUUGGAGACGGAGCUGUGGGCAAGACCAGCCUCAUCGUCAGCUACACCACCAACGGAUACCCCAGCGAAUAUGUUCCGACAGCGUUUGACAACUUCACCGUGAUGGUGGUGGUUGAUGGAAAACCAGUGCGACUGCAGCUCUGCGACACAGCUGGACAGAAGUGGGGGCUGGUUGAUGGAUCAAUCAAUGACGAGCUGGAUCGCCUUCGUCCUCUCUGCUACAGGAACGCCGACGUCUUCCUCCUCUGCUACAGCGUGGUGCGGCCCUGCUCCCUCCGCAGCCUGGUGGACCGCUGGGUCCCAGAGAUCCGGCAGCAGUGUCCAGACACUCCUCUGGUCCUGGUCGGCACCCAGCUGGACCUGAGGGAGGACGUCCAGGUGCUCAUCCAGCUGGCCCAGAACCAGCAGCGUCCGGUGGGCACUGAGGAGGGCCAGCAGCUGGCAGAGGAGCUCGGCGUGGUGGGCUUUGUGGAGUGCUCUGCGCUGACCCAGAAGAAUCUGAAGGACCCGUUUGAUUCGGCCCUCUUGGCCAGCAUCCAGCAGAUGGAGAGUUGCAGCGAGCAGAAGAUCCCCCUGAGGAAGAAGACCCCGGAUAAGAUGAAAAGCGUCUGGGAGACCUGGUGGAGGAAGGUCAGCUGUGUGAUGGUGGAGCAGAGCUGUGAGGACAAGUGAACAAACCCUGGUCAGAUCCUGG